CGGUACUGUGAUUCACGGUCUCAAGAGCAUGCACUGCGCGAUGUCGUGGGAUUAAUGAGCCGACAUGGUAGCACAUUCUCAUCAACAUGGCUCCCAUUCGUCGGUAUCUCCGCAUCACAAGAUACUCUGUUCUCGAGUGCAGGAUCUAUCUUGAUAACCCAGCCUUGGCACAGUCAUGGCUGCUCAACCCCAGACACCCGGUCCUCCCACGGGUCAUUGAGGCCGUGCGACCUCUUGUUCUGCCAAAGCUCCGCGAAGAACGGGAGCGUGCCCGCACAAAGAAGGGCUCGAAGAAGAAGGGUAUCAAGGACGUCGUGGCUGAAGAUGAUUUCGAGGUGUCAAUAUUCUUGACAGAAACGACCACCAGGCACUCACUCCUCAGCAAGCACAAACACUUCCACGACACGAAGCAAACGAAACUUGUGUCGAGCUCGGGCGGGCGCCUCUUUGGGGCCACGAGCGAGGCUCCAUUGGAUGUGGACGCUGCUGCAGACAACUUUACCGUAGAGCUGCGCCAAGAAGAGAGUGACGAUGAUGUUGUAUUGUCAGAGAUUCCUGCGGCCGAAGCUGCUCAAGCCGAAGACAACACGCGCAGGGUGAAGAGGCCGCGCCGAGAAACUACCACUGAAAGUGAGGCCGUGGUUGAGGUUCUCUCGGACGAUCAAGAAAGCAACGACCAAGACGAAGAGGAAGAUCUUUUCGUCAACAGCCCUGGUUCUGAGGAGCGUGACAGCACAGGACCGCCGCCCGCGAAAAGGCACAAGGAUGGCACCCUCGGCGUUGUGGCUCAGAAUGGCGGAGACGACAAGAAGAAAAAGCUAGCGAUGGAUAUCUCAUAUGAAGGCUUCUCGAUCUAUGGUCGGGUUCUCUGUCUCGUCGUGAAGCGACGGGAGACCAGUAGUGCCUUUGGCACCACCAAGUUGCUUGGCAAUAAAGCGGCUGCAGGCACUGGUCAGAACAUGAUGGAAAACUUUAUCGUCUCAACGCAGGUUCCUGCUGGACAAGAGGUUUGAGGGGUCUUUCCAGCGCCUACUCAGUUCGUUCUUUGGGGUGUGUGAGCGGCCACGUACAACGAGCCGCGGCCAGCGUCACAGGUAUCUCUUGGCUGGCGAAUCAUCCGCA